GUAUGACUCAUCAUGUGGCAGCAGUACGUUCUAAGAGGAACGACUACAUUUUUUCGACAACCUUCGGAUCUUGUAUUCUAAAUCGUUGAUGGUGAUAAUUUUAAUUAACACAAGUCACAAGUUAUUUAAAAAAUGAGACGCGGUUUAGUUCUUACAUACCAUACUUACUGCCAUGACACUGGUUUGAUAUUAAAAGUGAAACAACUGCUCAUUUCGGUACAGAGACAAGACUUCGUUGAAUAUGAGAUUCAGACGAGAAUGCGAUAUUAUCAGAGGGAAGGCAAAAAGUUACGACCAGUUAAUGAAAAUAAUCUGCACCAGAGUCAGCUAACAAGUGGUUGGAUGAGGAUUAAGCUAUAUUAUAGAUGUGAUGAUCAUUUAAGAGCCAAGUUGACUACAUUUGAUACAGAGGUUUCUGUUGGGCUGAACUUGGUGAAGGCAGUUCUCAAAGUUUUUAGCUCUAUGUAUGAUGAUGAAGAAAGCCGUGUGAUGGAACGGAAAUAUCUGCGAUGGUGUAGAUUUUGUAUUGAUAAAAUUCGAAGUGGAUGUUUGUUUUCCUCUGAUGAGGAAGGAGAUUCAUCGUGUUUGAAAAUGGUAUUAUCAGACUCUGAGUCCGAAAAAGAAAAUGAUCUCGAAUUGCUCGAAAGAAAAGUAAAAAAAUUAGAAGAGGAGGAAAUAAAGCAGAAACGGUCGCUCUCUAUGUUGAACGAGGAUUUUGUGGACGUUUGUCACCAGUAUGAUAAGCUAUUUGAAAAUAAUAAAAAAUUAGAAAAAGAAUACGGUGACCAGGUAUUUAAAUGCAGACAGCAAAACGAAGAAAUCAUCGAACUCAAAAGCUUAUACUUGAUAAAUACAAAAAUCAUGCACUGA